UUGAGUUCUUGCGACGCCCCGUGAGCCCAUCCUAGCGCCUUUAAAAGCGGUGAGGAAAGCGGAUAACAUUAUUUGGCGUCUAUGCCACCAUGGCGGUUGAAUUUCAUUGAGGAUGCGCUUUCGUGUACGUUCAGUGAUUUUACUAUGUUGGAUAGUUUCGUCGUGUGAUGACGGCGCGGCCCGCCCCUGUGUUUUCAUGCAGAAUUUGGAGGAAACAAAGCUGUAACUUUGUUGAAAGUGCGACCUCACUCUGUGAGUGGCCCUGACUGAAAAAUCCCCCAUCCAACCGUACAGUGACGAUGAUGUUAUGAAUUUGUUACCCAAUGUGCAUUGCACUACAAAUCCCGUUACUACGGAUGCUGAAUUGGCAACGGCUUUCAUAUUUUUACAGUAAAUUUUACACUAAAAUCAGCCAGGAACAGGGUCAAAAUCACAUUUAAAAAAUCAGUUCUGAAGAUCCUCAUCGUUACUGCAUGAGCUGGGAAUAUUGAUCUGGACUUUGGAUGAGAAUGUACACGCAUAUUUUGGAGAGUUUUGAUGCGAUUUCUGAACAUCUUUUGGUGAGGUCGUGUGAUGUUCACAGAACUUCGAACUGAAUGCAGUUGCAACUGAAGUGGAGGUCUGUAUUCAUCGUAGAACACACACGUGAAUGUUCUUAUGAGAACCUUCUCUUCUUGUUCCCAAAUCGUCCUCACUGAAGGCACUCCAACCCUGUAUCAGUCUGAGAAUGCCUUGUAUAUAAGACCCUUGUACCCGAGGGCAGAAAUGCAUUGAUGAGGACCAGGUUAAUGGCAAUCACCUAUGAUCCCUUCAAAUGAGGGCUGUAUAGUAAAAUGUACACACCAUAAAGAAACUUUGAUCAAUGUUGUCACACAGUGCACUGCCAGGCACACUUCAAGGUUUUAUGCAGUGAAGACAAAUUAAUUACGAUCUAUUUGUCUAAGGGUAUGGGAAGGUUAAGACAACCUGAGAGAGCCGUGUUAUUUUGGACCAUAUCACAGCCAGGGUAGGUGGUACCGCCCCCCGCCCCGAACUCGGCUAUCCCAUGUCUGAUUUUUGUAAAACAUGGUGUGCACAUAAAGACAAACAAGGAUCUCAACGUACAACCUGUCGACUGCACGGGUGCAAUCGAAAAAUGACGUCAGUUCCUCGGUAACCCACUCUUUCUAGAACUCACGAUCACGUGAUGAAGUUUUCUCUUCUAGGUUUUGUAGUGGAGGUGGGGGCUAGAACCAAAAUCUAUCAUUCUCAUAGCUCCUGAUGCUCCCCCCCCCCCUUUGCACUGCUGCGGAUUGGGAUGUGCGGCUACGUGUAUACUGCGUCUUCAUAUUCCAGGGAUUAACACCAAAAACACAACCUUAAGGGAGAGGGACUUAAGCCCCGCCCCGCCCUCCCCACGUGAAGCCACUGGGUCAAGUUUGCCUCUGUGCGGACACCAUGUGACGCAAAAUAUCUGCCAUUCUGCAAUCCAGGAAAAAUGCCUUAAGAUUUUUGUUAAAAAGACAGAGAUUUCCAUCUCAAAAGUAAGACCAAGUUAAACCAUUCAAAAAUGUACGAAAUUUUUGUCUUGAAUUUCAUUCUUAUCAAACAUUUUACUUGAAUCUACUUCGAAGCUGAGGUGUUUACAACUUGCCAAAAUGCACGUCCGCCUCAGGACAUGAACGCACGCGAAGUGCAUUGCCUCGAUACGAAUUGACUUGAGGCUGUACUGGUUCCCAGCCCAAACAGUAACAUGACGGCAGUAAGCAGUCGAUGAUCGACGUACUAGCGUGUCGCGAUGUCGGAGAUCAAUAUAUGCCCCACAAACCAGGAAAUGUGGGGAUAUCUUAUUGUGAUGCACACUGAGGAAGCUUUAAAAAGAGACACAAACAUUGAAAUCACCACCUGAAAAGUAACGUAAUGAACAAGUUUUGAAAAAUUAUGGAAACGGGGGCACCAGAUCUACAGAUCCCUCCAAGUAGUGGAAUCUUUGAGACUUGGAACUCGACUAUAUAGAGUUACCCAAAUUUCCAAAAGUGCGUCAAUUGACGUAUUUAUAGAAAUGCCUCUCUUUCACUUGUUUCCUCAUGAUGAAAGAAAGAUGGGCGAAACAACCUCAGAGGAUGUUAAACAUCAUUUACUAAUCUUUACUAAGUGAAACUAUCAAUAGUAAUGAUUUAAUCGGUUACCUCUCAGAGCCCGGCAAAUGCCACCUUUCUUUCGAAUGGGUAAACAGAUCUACAUAAUAUAAUCGUUGUUUUUCAUUGUUUGGAUAUGUCAUGCAUUUAGAGGGCCAAGUCCAACGUACAACUGUCUGAUCGAGUCAUGUUGACUUACGGAGAUAAGCAACUAACGUUUGUGUGGGUGGCUCGAGAUGUGUACAUGAAUGCAGUGACUAUUUGGACUUCUGUAAUUUUGCAAACCAACAAAUAAACUACUUUUUUUUCAUUUGUCACGCGUAGCCACAUACGUCUUUGUCAAGUCAUUCAUCUGUGGUUUUCUGCUUCUUCCCAAAAGGUACCAUAAUGCCAAUCUUUGAUUGUGUAUAUGUCUUCUAUGUGGCCUCGAAAGUGGUAUGAUUAUACAGUUUAAACCAGAUUUGAAUCCUGCAUAGUUUUUGAGCAGUUUUAAUUGGGCAGGUCAACUUGAAAGACUUGACAGCGUUAAUUUCAGCAUGACAGACGGAACAGUAUCUACAGAAGCGACAUCAAAACACGAGUUACCGUCUUCGAGAGCUCGCAGUGUGUCAGAGCCGAAGUCUGAGCAGCCACCGGGCCCAGAGCCACCGGAUUCCGGCUGGGCAUGGAUGGUUCUACUCGGUACAUUUUUCGUGACUUUCAGCAGUAUCGGCUACAUUGUUGCAAUGAGCGUCUUUUUCCUGUCUUGGAAGAAUGAAUUCGAGAGUACGUCAGCAGAGACCAGCAUUGUGAUCUCCAUUGGUUCUUUAACGAGGGGCAUUGCUAGCCCUUUUGUGGGAGCGCUCUUCACAAAGUUCAGUGCCCGCACUAUCGUGAUGGUCGGUAGCCUCAUCUCAGCUACGGGAAUUCUGCUCACAUCAUUCGGUACAAGUAUACCAUUCCUGAUUGGGACAACCGGUGUACUUGCAGCCAUCGGCUUCAGCUUCCAACUCAAUGCCAAUUUCGUCAUACUGCGACAGUACUUCAAGAAACGAUUCGCCCUUGUCGUGGGGCUGACUCAGAGCGGGGUCAGUGCGAGUCAAGUUGCAUUGCCACCACUCUUCAACUGGCUCAUCAACGAGUACGGCUGGAGGGGCGCCCUUCUCAUCAUCACGGGAAUCAGUUUGAAUACUCUGGCCGCGGGCGCCCUCAUGAGGCCGGUCCGUCCCAAGAUCACAAAGAAGAAAAAGAAGCAGCCUCAGUUAAGCAGUGUGUCAAACGUCCAUGGCAGUCAACUGUCGACGGACAAUGGGGACAGACCUGGGACAGACUGUGGCGGUGAAACUGAUGAUGUCAAGGACGGCGGGCAAACGCUGAUGGCUGUAGAUGAAGAACUACACACACUGAGCAUGACACCCACACACGACACCGCUACGCUUGUUAAAGAAGACGCCGAUGGAACCUCCUUGCAACCAGACGAAAACGAAAGAGAAGAUGAUGAAUGGUCCGAUUUUGAAGAAGAGUUCCCAGCGAUGAUAAACAGCCUCGCAGAUCCGUUCACUAUUACAAUCGCCGAUGACCACGUCAGUCGAGUUACCGUAACAAUCACGCACGCAAAGCCAGACUCGCCUUGGGGAUACUUUAAGAUGUACCUCAAGCGCACCAGAACAUUCUUACUCGAUACUUACGGCCUGAGACGCCUUGCUCACAACCUCUGUUACAUACUUUUGUGCGGAGCAACAUUUAGCAUGGCGUAUGCCUGGACUGCUAUGAAUGUCCACUUCGUUCCGAGGGCAGAAAGAGUGGGCAUUGAAAGCGAGGCUUCCUCCCUUUUUCUGUCCAUCAUAGGCGGGUCUGGAUUUCUUUGCCGACCACUCAUUGGCGUGCUGGUUGACAAGCGUUACAUCAGCGCCCCUCUAGCCUAUGCCGGAGGUAUGCUCGUAAUGACGUUAGCAAUAAGCCUCAUUCCACUGUUUACCACAUUCGGCCCACUGGCAGCCGUAUCCGUUAUGCUGGGCCUGGGGUCUGGAGUAAGUGGUAGUCUUGUCUUGAUGACGCUUCAGAAGUUGAUUCGCCCAGCCGAGGCAGCUGCAGCCACCGGGAUCUUAUUGUUUGGCUGGGGAAUCGGCGAACUCGCCGGUGCAUUCUUUUCAGGACUUCUCUUCGAUGUGACUGAAAUCUACGACUACUCCUUUUACUGUUCAGGUGCCGCUUCCUUCAUCGCUUCCAUCUUUUGCGUAGCCAUCUACUUUCGCCUUAGAGCAAGGAGAAGACGGCAUCGUGCUAAGCAGUCACCGGCUGUCGCUUUGGAAAACCCAGGCUUGGUAGUUAAUACAGAGCAAUCCAUACCAAACGUCGAAUUGGCUCAGGAAAGAGCCUAUGUUCCGGCAGUGCGCGACCACGAGGCUGUCAAUCCUCUGUAUUCAGUAGAGCAAGAUGAUAUAAACGAUCAAACGACAGCAGUAUCAACUGAAGAAGAGCCCAGCUCGGGUCCAAGAAAAUCCGACCUUCCGAUGAAGAAGAGAUGGCUUUCAAGACUGGAUCACAAGCAAGACCAUCGGGUCGAAAUGAGUCACAUUUCAAAAUCUGACUCUGGGGCCGAGGUUCACGAUGGAACUCGAGGAGCUGAAAAGGCCACAACGGGAUUAGAGUUAGAAAUAAACGAUGAUGAACCGGCAUUUGGACGUCUGGAACAUAUGAACUUUGAAAACCCCGCCUUUGAAGACGAGGAAGAAUUGCCCAAAGACAUGGCUGAAAGUAAAGAAGUUGCUUUUGAGAACCCCAUCUUCAGAGAAGAUAAUCAAUCAAGUAGUGGAAAAGAACGUGCUACAAAAAUCGACGAUGGUCGCCAUUUCAAAAGGAGUGAGGACUUUGGAAAUGAAGAGGUGGUUGAUGAGCUUGACUGUUUCGAUACUGAGCGCGGCAAUGGUUCAAAUUCAGGCGUUGAAAACCCCGCCUUUGAAGACGGAGAAGAAUUGCCCGUAGACGUUGUGACUAAGGGUGUGGUCUCUAAUUCAGACAUGGCUGAAAGUAAAGAAGUUUCAUUUGAGAACCCAAUCUUCACAGAAAACAGUGAAUCAAGCGAUGGAAAUGAAAGUGUUGCUGAAAUCGACGAUGAUCCCCAUUUCAAUAUGUCCGAUUACCAUGGAAAUGCAGAGGCUAUUAAUGAGCGCGGUUGUUUUGAUAAUGAGCACGGCAAUGGUUCGAAUUCAGAUGUUGACAGCACCGGCGCGCUGUCGGUUUCAAACGAAAAUGACGUUGAAUUUUCCGAGAGUCUCGUGCCUAGCGAGAGUUCUGAAUCACUGGGUGAGAAUGGUGAUUGCCAGGUCUAUCAAGUCUAAGUUUAUCGUGGUAAACAGCCCUAUGAUUCCAGGGCAGUGAAUAGGCCCCAAAUUGCCGUUUGCAGGCCAAAUCACGAUUUCCAUGCUGUCAAAUUUUUUGCUGUUAGACCCAUUUGUAGUGCUUCUUUGCUUGUAUUAGCAAGACUGCGAGUUUGCAUUUCUGAAAAUAUUGCUCAAAACAGAGCUCCCUGAACUGCUCUAUUUUGCAAUGGCAUGUAGACAUCAAUUUUCAAAAUGGCGAUGAGCUUCACAACUACAAUUACUGAUGAACGUCUUUGGAGAGAAAUUUCUUCAAGGACAUUGGUUGAAAUUGAAAAGAAUUAUUGUAACAGAUGAGUAAAUGAGCUUUCAUUUGAUGUAAACACCUGAGAAACCUCUGAGGAUUGCCCCAGAUUUUUUGAAGUAAGAAUGUUUGUGAUUGUUGUCUAUGGUAGCCUAUUCACUAGUUUGUAGACUAUAAUGGCGAUAUAACACCGUAUUUUCUGCAGUGCAUGGUGAGGUAGAAUGGAGGUCAUUAGUGUAUGCCUCACCAUACACUGCUAUCAAAAGCAUAUAAAGCCGAAAAUCUUCGUUUCGAUAAAUCACCAGCAGGCCUACAAAAGGGCUGUUCGGAAAUUUUAAGCUUAUACGCAGGUAUAUGAAAUCCGUCUGAUAUUCAAAGGCUCUUUCAGACUAAUUGGUUGAACAGUUAGCCUUGUUAGCUUUAGUUGUAAAGCCUAGUUUUCAUGUCGACGUAACAAUCAAUACAACAAUACACAGUCAUGUAAGAUGCCGAUGAAGGUUUCAAAUUUAAGGCUUAAAGCAAUCCACGUAAUGAUAAUUUUGGUUGUGGAGAUCAAAUUUGCAUUCAAUCCCUUUUUUAAAUUGUUACUGUUUAUAUUCAUUGCAUAUUCAUUGCUGUUGUUUCCAUACUUAAAAAUGAUUCAGUAGACUCCUUUUGCAUUCUUGUUGUUCAACUGCUUUGGACAGGAGAAU